AUGACGGCAGGCGCAGGGCCGGCUGCAGGCCUUGCCCCGCUGCAGGUCGCGCCACACGCUCUGGGACGGCAGGUGAAGGGGGCGGCAGGACAGGAGAGGACAGGGCUGCACCGCGUCCCCGUUUUAAAGCACCCAGAGGAGCCGUACGGGGGCGCCGAGGGGGAAGCGGCUAGUGGAAGUGUUAAAGACACCUUUGUUGGAGCCAGAAAUGGACAAUACAGGCUUUUAAAAAUAGUCAUUGACAAUGAGCAGCUUAUUGUGGGAUCCUCUAGGCGGCCAGCUGGAUCAUGGGAAAAGGAUUAUGAUGCCUUUGUCCUUCCUCUUCUUGAAGACAAGCAACCAUGUUAUAUAUUAUACAGAUUAGAUUCUCAGAAUGCUCAAGGAUAUGAAUGGAUCUUCAUUGCAUGGUCACCUGAUCACUCUCCUGUUCGUCAAAAAAUGUUGUAUGCAGCAACCCGAGCAACACUUAAGAAAGAAUUUGGAGGUGGUCAUAUUAAGGAUGAAGUAUUUGGAACGGUACAGGAUGACGUUUCACUGAAUGGAUAUAAAAAGUAUUUGAUAUCACAGUCCUCCCCUGCGCCUCUGACUGCAGCAGAAGAGGAACUUCGACAAAUUAAGAUUAAUGAGGUACAGACGGACGUUGGCGUAGAUACCAAACAUCAAACUUUGCAAGGAGUAGCAUUCCCCAUUGCUAAAGAAGCUAUUCAGGCUUUGGAGAAAUUGAAAAAUAAGAAACUGAAUUACGUACAACUGCAAAUUGAUAUGAAAAAUGAAACUAUUAUUUUGGCCAACACACUUCAUACUGAACUUAAGGACUUGCCAAAAAGAAUUCCAAAGGAUGCUGCACGUUACCACUUUUUCCUGUAUAAACAUGCCCAUGAAGGAGACUAUUUGGAAUCCAUAGUUUUCAUCUACUCUAUGCCAGGGUAUACCUGUAGUAUACGAGAACGAAUGCUCUACUCUAGUUGCAAAAGUCCACUGUUAGAAAUUGUAGAAAGACAGUUGUGGAUGCAGAUAAUUAGAAAGAUUGAAAUAGAUAAUGGUGAUGAGUUAACUGCUGACUUUCUUUAUGAAGAGGUUCAUCCAAAACAACACGCUCACAAACAAAGUUUUGCUAAACCAAAGGGUCCUGCGGGGAAGAGGGGAAUACGAAGACUGAUUAGAGGUCCAGCAGAGACUGAAACACCUAGUGAUUAGAAACUCUUGUUUGCAUUUGUUAUAAAGUAUUACAGUAAGAAAUGAAAUUCUGGCUUUUGGUCAUGAACUGAAAUCAUUCCAUUCGUAGAUGCUAGGGAAAAAAAAAAAAGCUCUUUUUACUCUUCUGACCUUGGCACUUUUUAUAUUGUUACAUGAUUAUAUUUCUGUUGACCAUGUUUUAUGACGUGUGGAAGAGCUAAUUAUUUUAAAGCUAGAAGAGGAAAACUAAGCUAGUACCCCUUUAUUUUAAAUUAGAAUCUAUUAUUUAAUAGCUGUACAGGUGAUCAUAAACUUUGCAGACGUAAGACUAUUAAGCCCAUGUAUUCUGUGGGUAAGUCGCAGCUGUAUGCCUAGAUAACAAACCCCUAAGACUUACCAUGUGAGGAGAGGUGGAGGGCUAUAUAGCAUUGUCCCAGAUAAAUCUUUGUUUUUCCUUGUAGCUUUUACGGACAGUAGUACAACAGAAGGUUUUCUUCUGGUUUUGACGUGAUGCAUUGUUGGCUUUUGUUGUUGUUGUUUUGCUUUUAAGAGAAAAGAUAAACUAAAAUCAGUUAUCCAUCAGUUAAUGUAAGUGUUCAGGAAUAGCUGGAUAUUUUCCCACGCAAAAGCAUGGUCAUUUCAAAUUUAUAACUAAUUUUGUGGAAUUGUCUUUUAAAGAAAUCUGACAUAAAACCACUAUAGCUUUUCCAGACUUCUAUACCACUCGCAAACCUUAUAUAUUAAGUACUGAAUGACCAAGUAAAAGGUGACUAAAAGUGCAUGAGUUAGCAUACUCAGUAGAUUAUGGAGCUGCUUUCAAAGCAAUAUGCUUAAAGUUUCUAAUAAAUAAUUGAUUAUCUGUGCACUUGGAUCUAAAACUCUGUAAAUUCAGUAAAAAUUGAAAUAGACUUGCUUUGUAAUGGUGAGUUAUUCUUGAGAUCCCAGCGUGUUUGCAGUAUCAACUGCAAUUUUAACUUUCAAGGUAUUCUGCAAAUAACUUUUCCUGAAUGUUUGAACUUGAAUAGUAACUUAAAUCUGUAACAAAAUCCAACUAGGUCUUGAAUAACUGCUGGCAGCACCUGGUUAGGAUUUUGUCUUCCCCCCCACACCCCCUUUCCCUUCCCUUCUCCAAAAUACUAAAAUCAGCCAGAAUAGUCUAAACUUGAUUGAACCACGAGUAAUGUGUUUAAUAGGAAGAGGAAAAAUAGAUGAUUUUAAUAAGUGGAUUAAAGAAGAAUUAGAUGUGGAAAUCAAGUACUGGAUGACCUUAAAUAAUUAAAAUUGUGUAAUGAGGCAAAUACUAGUGGAUAGAUUAUAUUCCCCAGUGGGGACUUGCUUUUUAGUGUCUUGUAUGUGAGCUUUGUGGUUUUUGAAUAUUUUUUUUUUUUUGUAAAGCUACAUGGGAGUUGCAAGUCUGGGUUCACUGCAUAUUAUCAUAGGUGCUGGGUGUACACAUUAUAUAGCUGAAUCACGUGUUUACCUGGUGGAAGAUAGAUUUUAACCUAGUUUUGUAGGGAAAUAAUGCUUUGACACUACUAGUUCCUGAUAAAAUUUAUUUUACCUUAUAUAUUAUUUUGUUUGGAGAUACUAGCUUGUUAUUGACAUCUGAGAUUGCACUAUAUAAUGUGAAGAUUGCAAUAGUUGUUGGUUUUACUGUGGUUUUUUAUAUGCAGUAGAAAUUUGACACCUCAGCUUUUUUCAUUUAAUCUUGCACGCUACAUCAGUCCAGUUCAGUAGCUCUUGAUCCUCAGCUAAUCUCCUGCUUGCCCUUAGCUACUGUGUUCUUUUUCUGCCCCUUGCCUUCUCCCUCUAGGGCAAGGAGCUGGUCUUUGGAGUGUGUCUUCUGUGUAUUACCUGUCAGGCAAGCAUCACUGUUUUUUAAACAUGGCUAAUGUGUGUGCGGCUCAUUGUGCACUGUAAUUAAAUGUAUUUUUAGUUGAACUCUGAAUCUUUUCAGCACACCUCAUUCACUUUGGGUUUUGUUUUGGGUUUUUUUUUAAGGAAAACCUUUGAGUGUAGCAGUUAAAAAUUACUGCUAGAAGGUUUUUCAUUUGAAUUUAGUAUUCCUGCCCAUGUGUCAGCCAUACCGAGAGUGCACAUGUAUCUUUACACUUAUUUGAGCCAGUAAAGAAGUUCAGCUUUUUAAUGCCAAAUGUUUUAAAUAAUGAACAGUUUGACCUGAUAUGGUUAUGUGCAUGUUGUGUUUUUUUU